AGUUUCAAAGUUAUUUCUGGAGAAACCGAUCAUGGGAAUUGCUGUCCUUACUCGUUCAGUGAGAUCACMRUUAGAAUUGGCCUGAAGCGAAAAUUCCAAUACCACUUGUUCUAUYUCGUKGCACCAUGUGCCCUACUCUCCGUGCUCUCCCUAGUAAGCUUCUUCAUCCCCACAGAGAGUGGGGAGAGGAUUGGUUUUGUCACUACACUCUUGCUGGGCAUGAUGGUUUUCCUGCUGAUUAUUCCAGAGUCCCUUCCCGAGUCCUCUAAGUCCAUUCCRAUUUUAGGCGUCCUUAUGAUGGCAACAAUGAUYAUGAUUUCGUUAAUUCUUCUGAUUACGAUAUUCAUUCUCAAGUGCUUCCACUCCAAGCGCAAGCCUCCCAAGUUCCUAAGGCAUAAUUUGGCCCGUACACAAUCUCACAAGCCGAUCUCCAAGUCUGACCAAUCRCCUCCCUUGSGAGUGGAUAACAUUUCUCUAGGAGCCGUGGCCCCGGAUUCCAGGCCCCCUUCUACUAACGCGUUUAUGAAAACGAAGAAGGAGAUGGAUAACGAAGCAACUUGGCAGGCAUUUUCGCGCCUUUGUGAUAAGAUCAUGUUCGUCACRUUUCUUAUUUUCACGGUAAUCUUGUAUGCUGUGACCUUGACCUAUCGGGACUAAAAGCUUUGUUACUCAUCACAUCCCAGACACAAUCUUUUGUGUAAUAUUGAUGCUACAAUAUGAUGUUUGUAACGGAAAACAAAACCUGGGUACUCAGAAAAACAGCAGCUUGCACAUAUAUUUACAUCACGUCAAUAUUUGCAUCCCAGACCUUUUAUGAAGGCAAAUCCAUUCUCGGUCUUCCUGUGUCAUAGGCACACUAGAACCACACUMCGAGCCCCAACUUAAAUAGGCACAAAACUAUAUUGAAAACUCAAACAUACCAAAGCAAUAAAUGGUUGGMAAACACUC